AUGGAGAAUUAUACAAACGAGCCUUCUCAGGACCCUAUCUCAAGUGCCUUCCUCCUUCAGAAUCAAAUUAUGCACUCCGAUAAGUACAUUCAGGCAUUUGUGGAGAACACCUGGACACGGCUAGAUAAGGCUGGGGGGCAAUGGGCUGAAGAGCUCCCAAAUGUCCUUUGGGCCUAUCGUACUACGGUAAGGACUCCAACAGGAGAAACGCCAUAUAACCUCUGCUUUGGCACGGAGGCUGUCAUUCCCGUCGACAUUGGAGUCCCAAGUCAUAGAGUUCAAACUUUUGACUUCAACACCAACGACGAAAAGCUCAGAUACAAUCUAGACCUCCUUCCAGAAGCAAGAGAAGAAGCAAUGCUUAAGGUUGCUGCCUACCACCAGAGAGUUGCUCGACACUAUAAUAGAAGAAUAAAACCACGGUGUAUAUCGAUUGGGGAUCUUGUUCUACGCAGCAUUGAGGCAGCAGGAAAAGGCCUUGAACGCAAUAAACUCUCCCCCCUUUGGGAGGGUCCAUACUUGGUGGCAGCUAUGGUAAAGCCUGGUACUUUCAAAUUAAAGGAUGCUGAAGGAAAGAUGCUCCCUCAGACCUGGAAUGUUGACAAUCUCCGCAAAUACUAUCAGUAG